AACUUUUUGGACGACCCAAGUUUCAAGGGUUCUCUUCUUCACCGUAAAAAUAAUAAGAACAUAAAAAAUCUCUCACCCUCGGUUUUAAAUGGCACUUUCUUAUUUGAAUCUUGGGAGCUACGUUUUCGCCUUGGUCUCCUUGUCAAUCGCCGUCGUGGCUCCACCGGUUCAAGCCCACGUCGCGGUAUUCGAUGAAUACUGGACGCAGCGUCAAACCGACGCUUUGCGACAAACCAUGGAAUCUUAUGAACCCAACCCGUAUAACGUCACGGACCACUUGAACUACCAUGCCGCAUUAGCAAUGGAGACGACUAGUGGCGAAGAAAACGGAACAAGGAGAGAGCUCCGACAAGUUAAAGGCGGUCGGAAAACAAAGACACGUGGCGGAAGGUACGCAUCGUUUAACGCGAUCGAUAAAUGCUGGAGAGGAGACAAAAACUGGGAGAAAAACAGGAAAAAACUCGCUGAUUGCGUCCUCGGAUUCGGCCGGAGAACAACCGGAGGCAAAGACGGACCGUUCUACGUGGUAACCGACGCAUCAGACGACGAUCUCAUGAAUCCGAAGCCAGGAACUCUAAGACACGCCGUGACAAGAGACAGACCACUUUGGAUCAUAUUUGCAAGAAGCAUGAUCAUAAAACUGCAACAAGAACUGAUCAUAACCAACGAUAAAACCAUCGACGGUCGUGGAGCGAGUGUUCAUAUAACAGGAGGUGCAGGUUUAACGUUACAGUUCGUGAAGAAUGUGAUCAUACACAAUAUCUACAUCAAAGAGAUCAAAAGGGGUUUUGGUGGGUUGAUUAGAGACUCUGAGAAUCAUUUUGGGCUUCGAACAAAGAGUGAUGGAGAUGGGAUUAGUAUAUUUGGAGCGUCCAAUAUUUGGAUCGAUCACGUCUCGAUGACCAACUGUUCUGAUGGAAUGAUCGAUGCUAUCAUGGGAUCCACCGCUAUUACUAUCUCCAACUCCCAUUUCACCGACCAUAAGGAGGUGAUGCUGUUUGGGGGCAAAAACGAGGAUGUAAUCGACAAGAAAAUGCAGAUAACGGUUGCGUUUAACCAUUUUGGUAAGAGAUUGGUUCAAAGAAUGCCAAGGGUUAGAUACGGUUUGGUCCAUGUAGUGAACAAUGACUACACUCAUUGGGAAAUGUAUGCAAUUGGUGGAAACAUGAACCCUACAAUUAUAAGUCAAGGCAAUCGUUUCAUUGCUCCUCCUAAAGAAGAUUGCAAGCAGGUCACAAAGAGAGAGUAUGCACCUUAUACAGAAUGGAAAUCAUGGAACUGGCAAUCAGAGAGAGAUUACUUCUUGAACGGAGCUUACUUUGUGAAUUCAGGAAGGUCAAAUGCGUGGAGCCCUGCUCCCAAAAAUCCAAUCCCUAGAAAGUUUGCGAUCCGGCCUCAGCCAGGGACAAAGGUAAGAAGACUCACCAAAGAUGCUGGUGCGCUUGGUUGCAACCCAGGCAAGUCCUGCUGAUGAACAAAAAGUCCCUGUUCGUGUGUUUGUGUGUGUUUCCGUGUUGUUAUGGUAACAAACCAAAAAAAAAAAAAAGAAUUGUAUUUGUUGUGGAUGGUGUUUGUAACGAUUUGUGCAUAAUGCAGUACGGAUAAUUUAUUA